GUUUCUGAGUUCCUCCUCCUUGGGCUCUCCAGGCAACCCCAGCAGCAGCAGCUCCUCUUUGUACUCUUCCUGAGCAUGUACCUGGCCACGGUCCUGGGAAACCUGCUCAUCCUCCUGGUCAUUGGCGUGGACUCCCGCCUUCACAUCCCCAUGUACUUCUUCCUCAGCAACCUGUCCUUUGUGGACAUCUGCUUCUCCUCUACCACUGUCCCCAAGAUGCUGGCCAACUACAUACUCGGGACUCAGACCAUCUCCUUUUCUGGGUGUCUCACACAGAUGUAUUUUGUAUUCAUGUUCGUGGACAUGGACAAUUUCCUCCUGGCUGUGAUGGCCUAUGACCGCUUUGUUGCCAUAUGCGCCCCCUUACACUACUCAACAAAGAUGACCCACCAGCUCUGUGCCCUGCUGGUUGCUGGGUCAUGGGUCAUUGCCAACCUGAAUGUUCUAUUGCAUACCCUGUUGAUGGCUUGACUCUCGUUCUGUGCAGACAAUGCCAUCCCCCACUUCUUCUGUGAUGUGACACCCCUCCUGAAACUCUCCUGCUCCAACACACACCUCAGUGAGGUGAUGAUUCUGACUGAGGGUUCUCUGAUCAUGAUCACUCCAUUUAUUUGCAUCCUGGCUUCAUAUAUCCAUAUUACCUGUGCUGUCCUGCGAGUCCCAUCCACAAAGGGAAAAUGGAAAGCC